CACGCAGAUCGAACAAUGGAGACGUUCUGUAGGGCGAGCUCACAAGAGAGGCAAGAGAAGAGAAGGCUACCGGUUGUUGCAUGGUCUUGUGCCACUGCCACGGUGCUAGCUCUCGUAACGGUAGUGGUCGUCACUGCCGGAAAGCAACAAGAGGCGGCGGCAUCGAGAGACAACAAUGUGGCCGCCGUCUCGAGGACCGCCACCUCGCCGUCGAACAUGAACGUCACGGCCAUCUGUCAAUCGACGCCGUACCCGAGCGCGUGCGAGACGGCGCUCUCAUCACCCGCGGGGCGGUUGGCAACGGCCAGGGACCCGUUCGCGGCUUCCGUGCGGUUCGCGAUGGCGCGGGCCACGUCGGCGCGCGCACUGGCGCGCAACGUCUCGGCGUCGUCGGCGUCGGCACGUCUGCCUGGCGCUCUGCCGUCAGGCGUGGACGACUGCGCCGAGCUUCUCGACAUCAGCCUCGACCAGCUCAGCGACGCGCUCUCCGCCGCCGGCGACACGGACGGGGUGACCACGUGGCUCAGCGCCGCGCUGACGAACCAGGGCACGUGCAGCGACAGCCUCACCGCCGUGCCGGCCUCCACGGGGCGCGAGGCCGUGCGCGCGCAGGUCUCCGCACUCGCACAGUUCAUUGGCACGGCGCUGGCGCUGCACGCCAACAGGCUCAAGGCGGUCGGGAGCGGCGGCAGCCCACCGUCCGCGCCGCCCACGCCGUCACCACCAGACGGGAACGGGACGGCGCUCCCGUCCUGGGUGUCCCAACAUGACAGGAAACUCCUGGAGUCGCCCGCGAGCUGCAUCACGACGGACGCCGUGGUAGCACUGGACGGCAGCGGGACGCACCGGAGCAUCAGCGAGGCGAUCGCGGCCGUGACGGCGAACGGCGGCCGCGGCGUCGGAGUUGGAGGGAGGAAGGUGAUCUACGUGAAGGCCGGGCGGUACGAGGAGAGCGUGAGCAUCUCGAGCAAGCAGAAGAACGUGAUGCUGAUGGGCGACGGCAAGGGGAGGACGGUCAUCGUCGGCCACAAGAGCGCCGCCGACGGCUACACUACCUAUGCCUCCGCCACCGUCGCUGCGAUGGGCUCGGGCUUCAUCGCCAAGGGCCUCACCAUCGUCAACAUCGCCGGACCGGAGAAGGGCCAGGCCGUCGCGCUGCGCGUCGGCGGGGACCUCUCAGUCGUGUACCAGUGCGCCGUCCAGGCGUACCAGGACACGCUCUACGUGCACUCUAACCGCCAGUUCUACACCGAGGAUGACAUCGCCGGCACGGUGGACUUCAUCUUCGGCAACUCCGCCGUGGUCAUCCAGAACUGCAAUAUCCAGCCCAGGAGGCCCAGCCAGGGCCAGAAGGACACGGUUACGGCCCAAGGCCGGACCGACCCGAACCAGAACACCGGCAUCUCCAUCCACAGGUGCCGGAUCGCUGGCGCGUCGGACCUCGGGGCCACGCCGGUGUAUCUGGGCCGUCCGUGGCAGAAGUACUCACGGACGGUCGUGAUGGAGAGCUUUCUCGACCGUUCGAUCGCUCCAGCAGGGUGGCUUGAGUGGGCAGGUCAGUUCGCGUUGAGCACACUGUACUAUGGGGAGUACGGUAACAGCGGGCCUGGUGCCCGGACAAGUAAGCGGGUGAGGUGGAUUGGCGUGCACACGUCAUUGUCCACCUCGGAUGCCACGAGGUUCACUGUGGCGAAUUUUAUCUUGGGGGACUCGUGGUUGGGUGGCACGGGAGUGAGCUACACUUCUGGACUGUGAGGAACAUUGUGAUGAACUCCUAUUUGGUGUCUGGUACUGAUUAACCUGGACAGACCAUUCUAAAUAAACGAAGGAAAAAGUAUCU